CUUCUACACAUGCAUGUGAGAUUCGAGAACACAAUAUGAAUCCCGUUUUGUCCUCGUUGCGGGCACGACAAUUGAGUGGAGUACGAUGUAGAACUUGUGCACGACUCUUACGACGAGAGAAGAGGAGUUUUGCCACUGCGUCAGGCGCGGGAGAUCCUGAGGGAGAUCCUGAGAUUUAUGAUGUUGUUUGUGUGGGUGGUGGACCGGCGGGAUUGAGUCUUCUUGCUGCUUUGCGUUAGUACUGCCUUUCUUUACUCUCCUCCUCUCUAUAUUCAUUCUAUUCCUCUAUGUAUUCCCCUUAAUUCGCAAUCAACAUCCAUACACCAACCCUCCAUUAUUCAUACACAUCAAACUAACACCAAGCGAAGGAUCCCACCCCACCACCUCCCGUCUCCGCCUCGCCCUCAUUGAAACGCAAUCGCUCACCCCGCUACGCACUUUCGCCCCGCAACCGGAUUCGUACUCGAAUCGCUGCUCGAGUCUUACGCCUGCCUCGGUGGGGUUCCUGGAUGGGAUUGGGGCUUGGAGACAUGUCAGGAGGGAGCGGGUCAUGUCGUAUGGGGGUAUGAGGGUCUGGGAUGGGGUUAGUGGGGAGAGUAUUGGGUUUGAUGUUGAUGGUGGGGGAGGCGGUGUAGAGGGGGUGAAAGAGGAAAGGGAAGGGACAGAGGGUAGCAAUGGGGGAGUGGUUGCAUAUAUGAAUGAGAAUGUUAAUCUUACCUCUGCGCUUCUUAGGAGGAUUGAAGAACUUGGGGGCGUGGAUAUUCUCGAGGGGGAGAAGGUUGAGGAUAUUGCUUUUGGUGAGGACACACCAACCGCGGAUCUGACUUCCUGGCCUGUCAUCACGACUUCCUCGGGAACUCGACUUGCGGCGAGGUUAUUAGUCGGCGCGGAUGGUGCGAAUUCCCCUGUGCGGACGUUCGCUGGGAUAGAGAGUAGAGGAUGGGAUUACAACCGUGUUGGUCUCGUCGCUACUCUCAAGCUGUCAGGUCCAGGAUGGGGAGGAGAAGGAAAGAAGAUUGCGUAUCAGAGAUUCCUACCCACAGGUCCGGUCGCGAUGCUUCCACUACCAGGUAACAUGUCAACACUCGUCUGGAGUACAACGCCAGCUCUAGCCGCGAGACUCAAGAGCUUAAGCCCAGAAGACUUUUGCGCAAUGGUAAAUGCAGCGUUCCGAUUGCGCACCCCAGAUCUCAAAUUCCUCCACACCAUAGAAGGGGGACAAAAAGACGAAGUCUCCUGGCGAGAAACCCACACGAAAUUCUCCAGGGAACAAGUCCCCCAAGACGUCGUCGCCGUCCAACCCGGAUCCAUCGCCUCCUUCCCCCUCAAAUUCCGCCACGCAGACUCCUACAUCUCGCAACGCAUCGCCCUCGUCGGGGACGCAGCACACUCUGUUCAUCCUCUUGCCGGCCAGGGUCUGAACCAGGGACAAGGUGACGUUGAAGCCCUUACCCAAAAUAUCAUCUACAAUGUCGAGCAUGGAGCGGAUAUCGGUACGCGAAUGAAUCUUGAGGGCUAUGGAAAGGAGAGGUAUUGGCGGAAUCAUGUCCUUAUGGGUGUCGUUGAUAAACUGCAUAAGUUGUAUGCUACGGAGAAUCUUGGUGUGGUCAGGGUUAGGAGUUUGGGGUUGGGGAUUGUGGAUCGGUUGGAGGGGGUUAAGGGGUGGGUUAUGAGGAGGGCGGCGGGUGAGAGGGGGUUGUUCUAA